GCCCCACCUACAUUUUUUCCCCCCUUUCCCCCCCACCAUUUUCCCCCACACCUACAAAAAAAAUAACAGUCCCCCAAAAAUCCUUAGACACACAUCAACCAAGUCAGCUUUUGAUGCUGAUUCCAAAUAUGACAUUGGUUUUGCAAAAAAUAAUACGUUGAUGGUGAAAACUGAAAAAUACAAGUGAAUUUUGUUGUUUUUUGCUAAAUGUUUCAAGAAAAUUAAUUUUCUCAGCAACGGAACAAUAUUUUUCAAAACCGAUACUAAAUUUUUUCCCACAAGUGUGAUAACUUAAAUAAAGAAAAAAAUCCAUAAUCGACAGUGCCAAUAAUGCCACCUACUUGUCACAUCAAGUUCAAAAUGAACUACUUCAUCUAAUGGCAAAUCAAGUUCGACGUAAAAUAGCUGACAAGAUUGCUGGUCAUUUUUAUUCACUGAUGGCCGAUGAAUCGAAAGAUAUCAGUGGAAAUGCACAAUUAUCAAUUACCAAAAUCAAUACGUAUUUUACUGCAUCGGGUGUAACCAAUACAACAACAAAACUUAAAAAAUGGUCAUACGUAAGGUGGGAUAGUAGAUGGUCGUCAAUAGAUGUCGUUAUCAAUAAUUAUCAAGCGAUUCUUAAAGCAUUAAACGAUUUAAUCGACGAUGGUGAUGCAAGGUCCGUCGAUGCUAAUGGUUUAUUGAUUGCUCUUAAAGAACCACUAUUCGUUGUUACAUUAUUUGUAAUACAUAAAAUACUUGGACGUGUUAAAAUUUUGUUCAGUCAGUUACAAGAGGAAUCACUGGAUUAUGGAAAAGCAAGACAAUUAAUUUCUUCAAUUAUCGAGCAAAUGAAAAGCUAUCGUGAUGAUAAUUCAUUUGAAUCGUUAUACAGUAAAGUUGUACAGUUUUGUAAAGAAAAUGACAUCGAUAUUAGUCAAAAACCAAGACAACGAUGA